GGAAUUGUCUUCCGUCCGAGUCAUUGUGCGCAGUGGGUGUUUAAGCGGCGGUGCUAUUCCGCAUCAUUCGAAUUCAGUGUACUGAGUGUUGUCUAAAAAUCUCCGGUUAAUUUAUCAAAUAAUGGGCCAAGACGGUGAGGUAUCUAACGAUCAAGGGGGUGAAGUCAACCCCGCCGCUGCUGGUGGAGUCACUUUUGUUUCUGUAGAAUUCGAAGUCUACGGUCAUGUUCAAGGAUGCUACUUCACCAAGUUCUGCAAAGAUACGGCCGAUCAGCUGGGCCUAUCCGGAUGGGUGAAAAAUUCCAAAAAGGGAACCAUCGUCGGUAAAGUUCAAGGAGAGAAAAUUCGAAUUGACGAAAUGGCACAAUGGCUGACGAGGACAGGUAGCCCCGGAUGCAAGAUCGACCACGCCGAGCUUCGCAAUUGGGAAUACCUUGCGCGGCCCGAGUUCCGCGGAUUCAGCAUCCGUUUUUGAAGCGAAUGAAAAUGAGGCACAUGCCCACACCAUAUCGGCCAAAGCAGAAUCGAAUUUCAGAUCUUUUAAUUAGAUGCUGCUUGAGAGGAAAACAGAUUCCGGGUGUAAAUACGGCGAUAGGAUUCACUGCUUGGGUGGUUUAACGAUCAUCAAAUUCAAACAUGACAAUUGUGUAUAUGAAGCUGUUACAAAACAGAAAUACACUGCCCUUGGAAUUGUU